AUGUUAGUGUCUGUGCCACGACGGAACUUCCAGGAUAGGAUGCUGGGUCGAGAGGCCAGAUUGCGGCCAGCGGUGCUUCAUAUAUUUUCAAGUGCCGAAAGUGUGGAUACCUCGGACAACAACCCGCCGCCCCCGGCGCUGCCACCGCGGCGGCCGCUCCGACCGAGCAACGACGGCGCCGCCGCCGCCGUCGUCGUCUUGAGGUGCGGCGACGCGCCGCGACGUCCGGCGUCGACGGCGACGACGGUUAAUACGGCAGCGACGGCGGCUACGACGACGACGACGGCGCCGCCGCCGACAACGACGACGACGACGCCGACGACGACGACGCCGACGGCGAUUAGCAGGACGACAACCAGGACGACGACGCCGCUGACAGCGGCCACGUUACCCACGUCCCACGGCUCAACGACCUCGCCACAGCCGCCGCUCUUGACGCCGCCCCAGUAUCCUGCGCCCCCACGGCCCCCUAGUCGUACCGGUGGGGAUGAAGCGCGUGUCGCGAGGGCGAGAGGAAGCGGACGCGGAGCAUUACCGAGCCCCAUCCUCGCUAAUGGAACGCCCUCGUCGAGAGUGCCACCACCUCGCGCGGGCUGGGCAGUGCGGAUCACCGAGGCGACACUUACCCCAACGUCAAGUCAGCGUCCAUCGGUCCCAGGUACAUCACCGACGGCCGUCGAACAAUGGGCUAGCGAGCGGGCGGCACCGGUUUGGACGGGUCGUGCCGCAGCAGCAGUAUCAUCAUUAUCAUCACCGUCGUUAUCAGCAGCAGCCGGAGCAACGGUGUCAAACACACCAGGUGGACUUACGUUCAUCGCCACAGCGGACCGAGAAGUCCGCGGACCAGCCAGCACCGCUGGUAUCCGUCUCGAGCAUCGUCGGGAGGAGAGGGAGGAGCUGGAGGCGACGAAAAAGGUGGAGCAUCGACAGCAGCAGCAGCAGCAGCAGCAGCAGUGUCAUCAGGAUCACUGGCAUCAGCAGCAUCAGCAGCGUCAUCCGGAGACGACGCAUAGCCUAGCAACAGCAGCGGGCCGUCUUGAACUGAGAGGUCGGCCGAUGUCGCGUAACGAUGCGAUACCGCCGCUCACGCGGCAUCCUUCCUCACGAGCGAGCAAUGCCGCCGGUGGUGGUUUCACUACCACCACCACCACCGUCGGCAGCAACGGUGACGAUUGCGGCACCGGCGAAGACGCCGCGGACCAUCACUCGCGUCCCGUCUUUGACGAGGAGUGCGUGCACGAUCAUAGUCGGCCAUUCCCGCCGCCUAGAUUGCCGUCUGUGUCGCCGCCACCGCCACCCCCGCCGCAGUCGAACGUGACGACGACGGCGUCGGUACCCGGGGUGCCGACGUCCCGACUAGCACCCCUCACCAUGCCCCUCACUCCGUUGUCGAGUUCCUUCCGAAGCAGGCCGGCCCUGCGUCGUCCGCAGAACGUGGAGACGUCGAGCGACGCGAAUUCCAGGAGCCUGCUGGCGUUACCCGCGGAUGCCGCGGCAACGACGACGGCAACGACGACGACAACGACGACGACGACGUCGUCGUCGUCGUCGUCGGCUAGAAGUACGCUCGGUGAGGUGAGCUUAGCCACUCCACGACCGAGCGGCGAGCGGACCAACAACGAGUACGUCGAGGCGCCGUUCAAGCACUCGUGCUGCAAUCAGGAACGACGCCUCGACGCUAAUAAUAAGGCCGUCGGCGACUGCCCGAAAAUCGAGAGGAGACAUCAUCACCAUCAUCACCAUCGUCACUUCCGGGGUCACGAAGGUGGGACGGACACCGCGUUGGUGCCAACGCAUCGAACACGUGGUCGCGCGAGGAAUCAUCAUCAGGGUCUGCGCGGUUUCAAUGGCGGCGCCUCGACCGGGGUUUCCUCCAUCGCCACGUCGGCGACGACGACGACGACGACGGCGACGGGCACCGCCGUCACAAAGCAGCCGGUGUCCUUCACGAAAGAGCCCGCUAACACCCUCGGCUCGCGGACACCCUACGAUCCGGCCAGUCUGUCAAUCAUAUGCGACUUCUGCGACAAGUGCCGGUGCGAGUCGUGCCGUCAGCCACCCCCGUUACCCAGUAAGUGGUUGUGCGAUAAUACGUGUCUCUGUUCGGCCGAGACCGUGUUGGACUACGCUUCCUGCCUGUGCUGUGUCAAAGGUCUCUUCUACCAUUGCGUGGACGGUGGCAGCGGUGGUGGUGUGGCCAGCGGCGUGGACGGCGAGGUCGGUGCGAGUUGCUCAGAUGAGCCGUGUUCGUGCACCGGUCAUCGUAGAGUCUCUAGAUGGGCCUGCUUGGGCGCCUUGACGCUCAUCAUGCCUUGUCUACUGUGCUAUUGGCCGUUCAAAGGUUGCGUUACUCUCUGCGAGGCGUGCUAUGCGCGUUACGCGGCGCAGGGCUGCCGUUGCAACCCCAACGCGAUCGGCUCCGCCGGCGGCAGGCAUCACCCGACCGCCGGUGACAUCAGAGACUCCAGGGACCCGGAGAAGAGGCUGUUGGACCCGGUCACGCCGGAAUUGUGAGUGCAGAAGAGACCUGUAAGGUGUGCCCGUGUGUUCUCGCCGGUAAUCGGAGGAAGGGAUAGGCGCGGUAUCCAAGUCGGAUGAGAGCUUGAACGUCGUGGCUGGUGAGCUCUGUCGCAUUGACGAACUAGCAGGCUGCGUGAGCUCGCGGAGGGAGCAAGAAUGAAUUGCAUCAAGUACAAGAGCUGCAUUUAUGUCGAGGAGAACGAUACCGGAUUUUGACGAAACUGUACGUCUGAUACGUGUCGAUCGCGAGUAUCUUUAUUUAUUAUUCUUCCAUGAACGAAAAGUGCGCGCGCGCGUGUAUGUAUGUGUGCGUCUGUGUGUGUGUGUGUGUGUGUAUGUGUGUGUGUGCGUGUGCGCAUAUGGGUGCGAGAGUGUAAGAAGGACAGUGCGUGCGUAUGUAUGGAUGUGUGUAUGAGAGUAGAGAGGAGCUCGCAUGUGCGUCGUGUACGCGUGUUCUUCGUGCGUUUGCAUGCGCGUUGUAUGGCGAACGGUAGAGAGGAAUGAGGUACGCGAGAGCCAGCGUAUCGUCCAGACAUACCACUUACGCAUAGAUAACUCUAUACAUAAUGAAUUAUACGCAUCGUACGCGCGCGUACGUAUUCACGCGUCGAGUGAAAUCGGGCGGACAGUAAUAUAUCGAGGUCGGGGGGAGGGGGUCACACAGAGAAAGACACACAGAACACACACAGAUAUAGACAGAUACACACAUACACAAACACACCACAGAUACGUCACACAAAGAGUAAAUAAAAAAGUUAAAGUAUAUAUUAUAUAUAUAUAUAUAUAUAAAUAUAUAAAUAUAUAUAUAGAUAGAUAGAAAUGUAUAUUGUAUAUUACGUUUGUAUAAAGAACAAACUUUUCUACGGUUAAUUUAUUUGCGGCUAUAACGCUAAGUGUAUGGUUCAUGAUAGAGCGAGAUGCGAAUUGGUAUAGAAUAGUGGGGGAGGAGGAGGCGUAAGGCAAAUUGUACCAAUGACAUGGACCAAUAUGGCUGCUGAGUGAAGCCCGCAUAAGCGUAACAAAGCUUUUCCGGCGAUAAAAAGGACGGAAGUUAGUGGGAGAGGGAAAGAAAGAAAGAAAGAAAACAUAAAAUAGAGAGAGAGAGAGGAAGAAACGGAGAAAGAUACAACGGAAGGCAAUAGAAUUUUCUUACUGUACGACGCGACUGUAUUCGUAAGAUUUGUAGAUAACCACGGGAAUAUCGCGGCAAGGGAGUCGAUGAGGAAAGGGUGGAAGCGCGCGCGUGUAGCGUCACGAGGAGGACUUUCCAUUUCGUCGAUAUUUUUCUCUCCAGUAUUAUCUAGUCCUGCGAGCGUUUCUCUCUCUCUCGGUUGGCGUUUGUCGUUCAGAAACGGGCCAUGCGGCGUGCGCGCGUGCGAGAGCGGAGACGCGAGAAAGGGGGAAUCCCCUACGCCUGGUCCCCUCUUCGCCUUCGUCCGCUAUAAAUAGGGACUCAUAAUCGGUAACAUCGCGGAUACACACGCACUCUUUCUCACCGAGCCUGGAAUUUUCUUCUCAGCUCUUCAUCUUUCUUUCUCUACCCCGAAUGUUAUCAAGCGACACACUCGUAUUUUUCCUCGUCGAAUCAGAAAUUGUCUUCUCGUUUCUUCACUUUUCUUUCUCAUUUUAUUAUCUUUCUUUCUCUCUCUCUCUCUCUCUCUCUCUCUCUCUCUUUCUCUCUCUCUCGCUUUCUCGAACGACACACGCAUGUGACUGGCGCGAUUUAAGAAUAGAGCCAUCGGUAGACUUCGGGAUCCGCGACAACAACGUUAUAUAUAUCGAACGCAAUUUCUACCCCAGAGGAGUAGCUCGGCAUCUUUCUCUCCCUCUCACUUCCUUCCUCUCUCUCUCUUUCUCUCUCUAUCUUUCUCUCUCUAUCUUUCGACGGCUCGCUCACCCUUCUUGCAAAGGGCAGGUAUUGCGAACAAUGGCAACAAGAAGAGCGUAGACGCGAUGGAAGAGAAAGAGAGAUUUUGGGAAGAGCGUUAGUACGCGGGAAUGCGGCAAGACGACGUGAGGAAAACUCCGACGGGAUUUCGGAUGCGAGACAAUUGCAAAGAGAGUGCAACAUGAGAGUGUAACCGGAACGGCGAAUAUCGAAGCGAAACGAACGAACCUCUGUCCUUUCGCGACUCUUAAGCCAAUUAAGACGGUAUCAACGGCCCUUCCGGCUGUUCUUUAAAGAGCGUUUCCUCCUAAAUUCGCAGGAAGACCGAUGAAAUAGAUGAUGAGCGCGCGAGUUAACGCAAACGCCCGAAAGAUGUCAGAUUUUUAUUCUUCUUACGACAAGACAAUUUCUUGGAUCUUGGAAUCUCUUUUAACCUUUUUCCUGUCUACUCACCAUAUAUACACACACAUACACAUAUGUUUAUAUAUACACACACAUAUAUGAUAUCCUCUUAUAUCAAUGAAAUAAUUGUCAUAGUUUAUUAUGAUUACAAAAAUACUGGUUCCUGUUAAAAAAUAAAAUUACUUAAAAUGUAACAAAAAAAAAACUGUAAAAGUCCAUUAGACAUAAAAAGAAUUGAAGCAACCAUUCCUGCGAUCCCUCGUCUGAUUGCGGUUCCAAGUUUCAGAGU